UUUGGUGACAUAAAAUAAUGGAAUUAAUCUUUUCUAGAAUACUGAAAUGAUACACUGUGCGGCGUAGAUAAGACGGGGAAAAAGCCUAAUCGAGUAAAUACCAAAAGUUGGAAAAUGCAGAGAAAAAUGUAGACUAUGUUGCCAAUACGGCAGCUAGCCACCAGCAACACUACCACUACACUGGAAUAUAUGUAUGUACGAUAAUUAUAAUGAUGUGAUGAAUUCAUCCUUGUACACACUUAAUGGUGAUUAAGCCUUUUCACCGCGUGCGGAUGUGCGUGUACAUAUAAAAUAUCGGCGACAAAUAAAUUGUAAGCGAUUAGCGUGUGUUUGCGAGCAGCGGCAAUAGCAGCAGCAGCAGCAACUAUUUGAAGCACAAAGGAGGGUAAGAAUACCAUUCAAAACAAAAGCCAACCUUUGCUAUUGCGCAGGCGCAGCACACGUGUCUCGAGUGAAAUUGCGUAGUAAAACGUGUGCGAUUCUGUAGCGUAGCGUAGUGUAGUGUAGCGAGAGCGCAUUUUGGUGCAACGCACGCCGGCGCUAGCAAGCCAUUUAAAUGCGAAGAACGCCCAAAAGCAGAAAACCAACAAAAUUGGAAAAUUCCCUUUGGCAUUAUCAGAAAUUCUUCAGAGAACUCAAACAGCGACGUAUAGAAUUUAUGCAGCAAAAAAUUUAUCGAAGAUUUCGUUUUGGCAUAAUUUAUUCGGAUUGCUUAGUGGCUGCAGAAGCAGAACAACAACAACAAGAAACCAGAUACGCAGUAACGCAAGCGCAAGCGCAGACGCAGACGCAGUUGCAAAAGUUGAAGCAAAAACAAGG